CGUAUUGAAUUCCUAUUGGUCCAGACCGGCCUCUCCCUCGUGAUCCGUCUCUUGUUCGCAGGUUUCCUGGUCAGUGCGUCUGAUGCUGGAGUCGGAGUCACGUCUCUGUGGAUAAUCUCAUCGAGCUGUUCUUCUGAAUACAUCGAUAUGAAGGCGCUAACGGGGCUGCUGCUGUUGGUCUUUGGUCACGGUGUGUCCUCAGUGCUUCACUCUCUGCAUUAUUUCUACACGGCGUCGUCUGGACUCUCAACCUUCCCAGAGUUUGUUGCUGUUGGGACGGUGGAUGGAGUUCAGAUUGGAUACUAUGACAGCAACAUCCAGGGAAUAGUCCUCACACAGGACUGGAUGGAGCGGUUCGCCAGAGAGGACCCCGACUACAUUGAGAGGAGCACUGGAAUAGCUCAGGGUGCCCAGCAGACCUCCAAAGCCAGCAUUGUGAAUCUGAAGAAGAAAUUUAACCAGACAGGAGGUAUCCACUUAUAUCAGCAGAUGUAUGGUUGUGAGUGGGAUGAUGAGGAUGAUUCUACUGAUGGUUAUAACCAGUAUGGUUAUGAUGGAGAGGACUACAUGUCGUUGGACCUGAAGACCCUGACCUGGGUCGCUGCAGUACCUCAGGCUGUCCCCACCACACUGAUAUGGAAUGAGGAUGAAGCUAGAUUACAAUACCAGAAGUACUACUACACCAAGGAGUGUGUUGGUGUGUUGAAGGCGUUCCUGUCCUCUGGGAAGAGCACUCUGCAGAGAACAGAUCGUCCGCGGGUGUCUCUGCUCCAGAGGAGCCCCUCCUCCCCAGUGGUGUGCCAUGCUACAGGCUUCUACCCUGACAGGGUGGUGGUGUUCUGGAGGAGAGACGGCCAGGAGCUCCAUGAGCAGGUGGACCCCGGGGAGGUCCUCCCCAACCACGACGGGACCUUCCAGGUCAGCGUGGACCUCAACCUCAAGGCCGUCCCACAGGAGGACUGGGGGAGGUACGAGUGUGUGGUCCAGCUGAAAGGCAUCGAGGACAUCUCCACCCCCCUGGACCCCGACCUCAUCAGGACCAACGGGGGCAAGGGUCCCAUCCUUGUUUUCAUCCUUGCUGGCGUUGCUGUUGUGGCUGUUGUUGCUGCUGCUGCUGUUGUUGGAGUCUUUGUGUACCAGAAGAGGAACGAUUCAGACAAGCGACAUAAACCAGUUGGUUCUGACACCAGCUCUGAGAACACUGAGGGGCAGAAUCCGGCUCCUGAGGCCCAACCUCUGACCACAGGUCAAAGUUAAAUCAUGAAGAGGUUUCUCACGUUCAGCUUCCUAAACCAGGAUGGAGUGGAUCGCAGUACAUUUAUAAUCCUUACAAACAGGCUUGGGGCUUCAGCUAACUAAAUAUGCUAUAUUUGCUUUAUUACAAUAAGAUUCAUACUGAACUUCAUUUUGAUAACAACCAUUAAUCCGUAAGAAUUGUAAAUCAAUAGAUCGCUGUAUUUGUGAUAGAUUUGAUUAACUCACUGGCUUAAACCUGCAAUCUUUCACUGAUGCUUGGAAACCAUGGCAACCCAACCUCGUUACACAGGCUAGCACAAUCGAGCUAGGACGCUUUAGCAUAGAUACUUUUUUUUGUAUUUUUAUAAAGAAUGUUGGAUCAAAGAUUAAUAUUUUUUUUAAUCAUCCAAAUAUAAAAAUCGCUGUAUUCUUGUUUUGCGUUAUUUGGUCAAUAAAAUCCAGAAAGAAAAUAAGAAAAUA